AUGUCAACUGAAGCAGAUGUGCCGCUUAUCAAUUUCCCCUCUUCGGAAAAUUCUUUUACUAGAGCAUUUCUCGAAUUCGUCAAGAAUUACGAAGCUACACUUGCCUUUAUCGACCCUGUCACGGAGGAGAAGCUGUCGUUUUGGGAUCUAGAAAAGACAGUGAGCCAGAUAAGAUAUCAUCUAGACAAGAUGAAGGUGAGUAAGAGUAACGUUGUCGCUACACUUUGUGGGAACUCUAUUGACUUUAUUCUGAUGUGUUUGGCAGCAAUCGAUCUAGGGGUUGCCAUUGUUCCUAUCAAUCCUGCUUCUACAGUCUGUAAGACUUGAAU